AUGGACAGAGCCAGUCAGGUAUUGGCGCAAGGCGUACCUCUUGGCGUGCCUGAAUCAUACCGUGCUCUUGCAGAUCAUGGCAAUAAGGCCCAAGGCCAACAGUACCUCAGACCGUAUGAGGAAGAGGUUAUCAUUAAGUAUCUACUUCAGAUGUCCGACCUUGGAUAUCCGAUACGUAUGAAGUUUAUCCCUUCCUUAGCCUAUAGUGUCACCCGUCAUCGACCUACCACUGAAAGGCCUCGUAAGGCUCCGAGUCGGAACUGGGCGAAAGCUCUAGAAAAACGCCAUCCAAUACUUCUAGCGAGGAGAGUCAAGGCGUUAGAUUGGAAACGUCACGAGAAGAAUAUAUAUGGGAAAGUUGUACAC